AUGGGCUUGGGCUGGAGUAGCGCGGAGGAGCGGCAGCCCCUCCUGCCGCCGCCGCCGCAGCAGCAGCAACAGCGGCGGCGGCCGCAGCCGCGGGGGCCGGCGGGGGGCCCGGCGGUGCCGGUGCGGCGGCUGGCGCCCUUGGCGGGCCGCGUUUACGGGCGGCGGUGGCUGGUGCUGCUGCUCUUCUCGCUGCUGGGCUUCGCGCAGGGCCUGGUGUGGAACAGCUGGGGGCCCAUCCAGAACUCGGCCCGCCUGGCCUUCGGCUUCAGCGGCUGGGACAUCGCCCUGCUCGUCUUCUGGGGGCCUAUCGGCUUCGCGCCCUGCUUCUUCUUCAUGUGGCUCAUGGACAAGAAGGGUCUGAGGGUAACUGUGUUACUAACAUCAUCCCUCAUGGUAUUGGGAGCUGGCCUGAGAUGUGUUCCAGUUUCAGACCUAGAAAUUAGGAAGAAGCUGAUUCACGGAGGGCAGCUGUUAAAUGGCUUGGCGGGGCCAACUGUGAUGAACGCAGCACCAUUUCUUUCCACGACGUGGUUUUCUCCAGAUGAACGUGCCACAGCAACAGCCAUUGCGUCGCUGCUCAAUUACCUGGGUGCUGCUGGCGCAUUUCUGGUGGGACCUCUUGUAGUGCCAUCUCCUAAUGGAACAUCUCACCAUCUGCUGGUAUCGCAGAGCAACACCGAGCACAUCAAGGACCGCAUUGAGGCUGUGCUGUAUGCAGAAUUUGGAAUGGUUUCCCUGAUUUUUUCUGCAGCGUUGGCCUACUUCCCCUCACGCCCUCCAUUCCCGCCCAGCGUGGCUGCAGCAAGUCAACGGCUCAGCUACAGGAGAAGUUUUUGCAGACUCUUAAGCAAUUUCCGAUUCUUGAUGAUUGCUUUAGCCUAUGCUAUACCACUGGGUGUUUUCUCUGGCUGGUCUGGUGUUCUGGAUUUGAUAUUAACACCAGUUCAUGUAAGCCAAGUAGAUGCAGGCUGGAUUGGAUUUUGGUCUAUAGUUGGAGGUUGUGUUGUUGGCAUAGCAAUGGCAAGAUUUGCAGAUUUUAUCAGGGGCAUGCUGAAGUUUAUACUGCUGCUGCUUUUAUCCGGAGCAACGUUAGCAUCAACCUGGUUCACUCUCACCUGUUUAAAUAGUGUCACUCAUCUGCCUUUAACCACAGCUACACUGUACACAUCCUGCAUUUUGUUGGGUAUAUUCCUCAACAGCAGCGUACCAAUAUUCUUUGAGCUCUUUGUGGAGACGGUCUACCCUGUUCCAGAAGGAAUUACCUGUGGAGUUGUCACCUUUUUGAGUAAUGUGUUUAUGGGAGUGCUUUUGUUUUUUCUCACAUUUUACCAUACAGAGUUUUCCUGGUUCAACUGGUGCCUGCCAGGAUCGUGUUUGCUCAGUCUGCUCCUCAUCCUGUGCUUCCGCGAGUCCUAUGACAGACUCUAUCUUGACGUUGUUGUCUCUGUGUGAUAACACCAGACUGGCUGGAAGAGACUGGAACUCAGCUUUGCAGUCUGCACAUCUGCCUGGAUUUGCACGGCUGAACAUCAGAAAAACAAAGAAAUUACAAGACUUAAUUGUGGCUGUAUUAGAGAGGGUGAGGGACAGGCUGUUCUUAUGUUCAAGACCACCUUGAUUUGGGAUAAACGUGGACCCUGAGCGGUGGUAAAUGAUGCCGAAAUGCACAAAGAUAAUGUAUCUGAUGUACAGGUCCCAGUGCCAGAGCAGGGGCUCUCUAUUUAAAAGGCUGUUGAUGUAGCAGUGAGAUGUACAGUUGUGUGUGAGUAUGUGUGCGUGUGUGCCGACUUAUGGUUAUACACACCGGGGUACCAGUAAUAUUCAGAGUCUUCUAUCAGAACAGAAAUAGUGAAUAAUCUUAACAAAAGGAGUAAAAAUGACAAAGAGGAGGGGGGAGAAAAUCUUUUUUUAAAAAGAUCUCUCUUUUAAAUCACUAGUCAUUUAUAUAAUGAAUGUCCAUUAAACAGUUAAGCUAAAGGAAUUUGGUGCUUGUACACUACAUUUACAUUCUAAUAAAGUAAUUUCUGAUAUAAGACACUGGUACCAGGGGUUUUAGCCAUAUUUAAUAUCUCAAACAAUCCUUGCAGUGUUGUUACCACCCUGGAGCACAAGUAAAUGAUAGCUUUAGCUGCCACUGAAACCUAACUUGCACCUGCAGUUGCCUCUGAAAUAUCACCAAGGUUCUGUAUCUCCUGAAUACAGAGCAUCUGUGGUAUCUCAGAAGUUUACUGGAGAGUCACUCUGGGUAGAUGUUGGUUUUGUAAAGGCCACCACUGUGUCACCUUUUCUUCCCCCAUCUCCAGUACUGCCUUUUUUACUGUGAAGGCCUGUGUGUGCCACUGAAUACUGUGGGUGUGGAUGUCAGAGUACUACUAGUUCUCUUCUGAUACUUUAAGGUGUGCGUGGUUUUUAGAAUUAGCUUAUGAUUGAGGGUGCCUAAACAAUAUUGUUUGUUAACCCAAUCUUUAAAAUCACUGUUUCCUAAAAAAAAAAUAAAUGACACCUUUCUAGUUGAUGAGGUGGCACGACGGCGAAAUGACAAUGAGUUUGACAAUGACAAAUAACUUAGGAGUUUUGGCAUAGUAUGGGGAAAAUAAUGCCAGCUCUUUUUAUCAGUACUAAUCUGUGGUCGUUUUGGCCCUUACUUGAAUAUAAACAUUAAAGACACUUUGAAUAGUUUUUUAACUCAGUUUUAAACCUGCUAAUAAUUUCUUAAUCAGAUUCUUAGAUUCAGUUCAGCAUCAUUUACAGUAUUUCCUUGUGUGUGUUCUGUGCUUUGUGUUAGAGGUGUGUGGAUGUUUAUAUCUAUGUAUACACAACUAAAACUUAUAUAUAUAUAUCUUUUAUAUAUGUUAUAUAAGGGUACGUGUUUACAUAGGUUUAUUUUAAAUGAUCAUGCCUCUGGAUGGUGGUAUGCUACUGUUUGCAACUAAACCAGUCACUGCCAUGAAUGGAAAUGCAUACAUAUGCUGUCUGCGACAUGAAUUUUUUUCAGGGUGUGAAUGAUUUCCCGUCGUAGCAAUUUUAUUGCAAGAGGGUGCCUGCACAUGUUGGAGGCGGCUGGUGAACAGGGUUCUGUGUCUGUGGAAGUUUGAAUCAAAUGCCCAUAGCUCCUGUGCAGGGCUCUUCUCUGCCAUCCUGGGCUGACACCGGCACUGUAAGUUCACUCAAAUAAACCCUGAACUGAGCGCUACCAUUCAGACAUGGAUCCGUUCAUUGUCUGCUGUUCUUUUGCAGAGAGAAUAUGCCACUAAUACCUUUAACUCAGGAGUGUAUCUGUGCAGCAAAAUAAAAGCUGUUCCCUGCUUUUAUGUUUUCAGAGCAACGAAGGUAUGUACUGUAGUAACAGAAAAUUGACUUAGCUCGUUGCCUAUGUCAGCUACUAAACGAUCUUUUCUGUCUUGAAGCAGGCUUUUUGUAGAAAUGGAGCUAACCUACAAUGGGGUAACUCAAUCAAUCUAACCAGCAUGUUCAGAUCUGCUGGCAUCAUCCUCUUACUGUUUUUCAGAUGGAUGGUAUUAACUGUCCAACUUCUUUUUACUAUGUUUUAGUGCCUGGAAUAAUUUCAAUAUCCGGUAGCUGCUGCUACCUAUUGUCUUCUGAAACCAGGGAUCGCUUGCCAAGAGUCGAUUGGAGUUGCAUUGUCAUGGCAGAACUGCGAGCUCGGGUGGCUUCGGAGCUCUGCUUCUGCAAUUUACUGUAGCUAUAUUAAGAUUAAAAUUGCACAGUUUAGGCACUCUCCCGAGUGACAGAGAUUUCUAAUCCUUUCACUGCCCUGACUAUUUUAAGAUGGAGAAGCACUUCAGGCAAUAUUCAGACUGUAACCUAUUCUGCCUCUGUUCCAGAAGGCACUGAACAAUUCAAAAUACUUGUCAGUGCUGCCAGAUGCAGACUGUCCGCACAGUCAGGGGAGAAGGGUGAACGUCUUGUUUCAAACCCUGCUAGAUUGUUGUUGAGUCAGUGUGGAUUGCUCACUGCCCUCCUGAACAUUGACGCUUUGGUAGAAGUUUCUGUGUGUGCUGGGCUGGCCCGGGCUGGGUGCCGGGUGCCGCCGCAGCCGCUCUGCCUGUCCCCUCAGCUGGGCCAGGGAGGGAAAAUGCAGCGAAAGGUUCCUGGGCCGGGAUUAGGGCAGGGGGUCGCUCACCAAGACCGUCUCGGGCAAAGCAGGCUCGGCUUGGGGAAACUAGUUUAACUUACUACCGGUCAGAUCAGUGGAGGGUAAUGAGAAAUACAGCGAAAUCUUAAACCACCUUCCCCCCUCUCUCCCCCCCGGGCACAGCCUCCCUCCCGGUGUCUCUCCUGGGGCUGGGGUCAGUCCCUCAGCCCUGGUCUCUGCCCCCCUUCCCCCUCGGGGGGGGCUCCUCACACCCUGCCCUGCCCCAGCCCGGGGUCCCCCCGCGGGGCGCAGCCCCUCAGGCACAGGCUGCUCCAGCCGGGGUCCCCCGCGGGGGCACAGGCCCUGCCAGCGACCCUGCCCCAGCCGGGGCUUCCCUCGGGCUGCGGGCACCCCCUGCCCCCGCGGGGCCCUGCCCGGGCUGCGGGGGGAUCUGCUCCCCCGGUGCCCUCCGUGGGCCGAGGGGACAGCCCGCCUCGCCGGGGGCUUCGCUGUGGCUGCCGGGGCAUCUGCUCGGGCACACGGAGCCCCUCCUGCCCUCCCUCUGCCCUGGCCUGGGGGGCUGCAGGGCUCCUGCAGCACAUUCUCGCUCCUUUCUGAGGCUGCAAUUGCUGUCAUGCAGCAGCUUUUCCCUCAUCUUUGCUGCUUAAUCCCAGAGGUGCUGCCACCGUGGCUGAUGGGCCUGACCGUGGCCAGCAGCGGGUCUGCCUUGAAGCCAUCUUGGCGUUGGCACCAUCGCAUGUGGGGGAAGCUUCUAGCAGCUUCUCACAGAAGCCAGCCCUGUAGUCCCCCACUACAAAAACUUUGCCACACAAACCCAAACCACUCUGUCUGCCUUGGGUGCUGUAGUGUGUGGCCUUCAUUAUAGCCCUGCACCAAGGCCGGGAUGCUCCCGAGCCGAGCGGCACAGCAGGGCUCUGCUGGAAACCUGCGCUGGGGCUGCAGGAACCAUUCUGCAGCUGGGGCUCUGCUGGAGUUCCCGGCAAGUCCGAUGGAAAUCUGCCUGGGUGAAAGCCAAUGGAUUGCUCCCAAAUUCUUUGAAGCUGCACGGGGUGCUGCUGCAUUCCACACACAUGGUGUUCAGGCUUUAGGAUUUUAUUAGAGCAGCAAGUCUGGCUCAGGACGGAGGUGAGGACUGCAAAUGUGCUUGCUGAGAUCUCUGGAAAAUGUGUUAUCCUCAUCUGUGCCCAGCAGCAGUGUCCUUCUGUGGAGGAGCAGUCCAUUUCAUGUAAGUAACCAAACUCAGUCCGUGGGAAUAUUUUUUGGAUGAGGGUUACCACCAGAUCCACCCUUGUUUGGAUUUGCCGAGGGUCCAAGCUGUCAGGAUAACUGCACUUUGCUGGAAGUUAGAGACCGCAUGGCGAGCCCUAAGCAGUGCUGAUUCAGUUAGCAGUAGUGCAGAACAGGCUCAAAACAGUUAUUUCUUUUAUUAGUGAAAGUUCUAACUUCUGAGUCGGUAGCAAUGGGGUUUUCUAUUUAAAUGAGACAUUACAUUGCGCUGCUGCAGAGUAGCCGAUGCUGGCAGCUGCUUGGCCUGUGACUUGCCAGCAAAAGAAGGUGCCCUGGGAAGUCACAAUAUUUACUUCUCUUCAUGUCCCAGAAGUUCACAGCCUUGAAGAAAAUUUUUCCCAGCAGUGCAGAGCCCCCUAACAUACAAGAAACUGUGUUAUGUUUUUAUAUGGAAAAUGCUGGGAAGGGUGCUCUAUAGUGAUCACUUUCUUGUAAUAGUCCUUUUUUUUUUAAUUUAAAUACAGGCUGCUCCUCAGGUGUCUGCUUGGCUGGGUAUCGACUCUCAGUUCAGCUUCCAGGGCUGCUGGCUUUGCUGCUUGCAAGCUGCGGAGCUGUGCUAGCUUUCGUGCUGCUAGUGAGGAGGCUCAGGGUUAGCUAAAGUAGACUCCACUUCACGGCACUGCUUGCUGUCUCUUGACACUGCUGAUAACCAUUAAUUUCCUUUUAAAUCCUUCGCCUUCCUGUGUGGCCACUUGUUCCCCUGAGCUGGAAGCAUCGAGAAGAGUUUCCAUGAUCCCAAGCCAAUUUUAGAUGGGUUGACUGACCACGUACCUAAUAUACAUAAAAAUAGUGACUUUUUUUUUUAGGAAAUCAUACAAGCUGCAAGAAAGUGCAGACCCAAAGGAUUUUGUGUACAUGUGAGCAGAUAGUCUGUUACGAACAGACUAUAAUUUGCCUGAAACUUGUAAUUUGAGCUCCCACACCUAGAGAGGCCGAGUUGAUAGGCACCAUGCAUGUUAGGUAUUCAGCUUCACAGCAUCACAGAGUUAUUCCCAACCAUCUGAAAGAGCUGAAAUGAUUUGGAGUGGGAUGUCUUUUUGGAGUGGGUUGAAAACCCCAGGCUGCAUCAGUGUUUGCAGUGGUAACUCUGGGGACCAUCAGGGUGAUGGAUUUGGGGGAGGGGGAGCAUUCCAAAGGGCAUUUCAACACUGAUAUGUUGCAUUGAGUUGAUCAAAUCCAUAGAAAAUUUAAAGUUUUGUGGAGACAGGGAUGUUAAUGACGGGCUUGUUCUACAGUAAUUUAGCAAGUGACUGCGUAACCUUACACUGCAUUAUAAACAAGCUGAAUUGAUUGAUAUGCGUAUAUUGGCUGUUACUAGAAAGGGAAGUGCUAUUUUAUUGUGAGGAUUGACUGAAAAAUGAAUGGGAAUUACAGUUUGCAUAGUGGAUAUAACUGUCCUGUAAUGCUGUUACAGUAGGGUUGUAAUUGCUCAUUUCUUCUAUUGGGCCCCUUGCAAAUGUUAAGUCUGUAACAAAGGCAUUUUUGUGUUUCAUUAGUUUGGGAGGUUUUUCUUUUAGGCUAAGUGUGGAUCAUUGUAAUAACUUGUCAAGGCAACUGCUACACUGGUAUGAAAGCGUAUGUGAACAUUUGAUAUCGAUUUAGUGUUUGACAUUGGGGCCAUCGUUCUCGGUGUUGUUAAAGCGCUAGGCGAGGGGAGCAGGGAUGUGCGUGCAGGGAGGCAGCAGUGGUCCUGGAUGCACAGCCCUGCAAGUGUAGAUGCUGCCAAAACAAACAAGAAUGUCAUCAUCUUCUGUGGGUCCCAGCAAUCAGGGCUGGGAGGAGGAGAGGAGCACGUGCAGGAGGGGAAAAGCCACCUCAUGGCUGCUGUCUCCUUUCCAACAGAGGGAUAGCUUCCAGGCUUACUGCUUCGCGUGUGAGAGAUCAUAAGUAUCAACACAGGCCUCAUUCACUUCCCCGCAGCCAUUACUGCUACAGGGUGGGUUGUAGGUGGCAUGGGAAUAUCUGCCUUGCCUCCUUCAGGGGUGUCAUUUCGGGUGGUGCAGGAGAAUUGUUGCAGAGCAGGCAGCAGCGAAGUCAGAAGAUGGUGUCAAUCUGUUUAGAAUUUUUGCAGUUUCCGUUUCAAGGCAGAUGAAACUAAUAGAGGAAGAAAUGUAAGUCUGUCCAAAGUUUUGACAAGCAAAAGCAAAUAUUUGCACAGAUGUGCUGGCUCCUGUCUUUUACUUGGGAUCACAAUGUGUAUGGAGUAAUCCGUGCCCACCUGGAGUGUGAACCCACUCCCAAAGCUCCUGCCACUGCUCAGCCCCCCUUCGUGCCCAGGCCAGGGGCAGUGAUGGGGGGAGAAGGGAAGUGCUGCAGCCGAGAUGCCCAAAAGGUCUGACGGUGGUGGGUGCCUGGGUUAUUUGUGCAUGAGGGAUGUCUUCUGCAGCCCAAUGUUAGCAGGGUCUCAUUUUUUACUUCCUCAAGGAUGAGGUUCUGACCUUCAUCUUAUGUUUGUGGCAUGAUUUGUGCCAUAGGAACAGCUAUGGCUGUGGCACACGGUGUACAGGCACUGGUUUUCCAAGUGUGUCAGGUAAGGCAGGUGGGACUCACUCCCUGCAAGAGCAGCUUUUUCUUCCAUGGUCUCUCUCCCAGCUAGCUUUCCCCAUGUGAUUUCUCUACUUGUAGCUGGAAGGACUCGUUGCACUCACUUUGUGUUGCUACAUAGAGAAAAUACCAUGAGCAAAGCCUUCCGUUCUUUAUGGAGAGGUUUUUCCCUUUAGGCUCAGGCCACUUCUCCAACCUUAGCCCCUCGCUUUGCAAAAGCCAAGAAAGCCCCAACCCCGUAUUUUCCUUUGCAGAGAGCACAUGCAGGUUUGUGUGAUGCUGGGACAGGUGGUGAGCCUGGGCACUGUGCUUGCUUGGUCACAGAGCUGCUCGGGGGUUUGGGGAAGGAAUGCUUGUGCAUGGGGUGCCUCCCUCUCCCCACCUGUAAAAGGGGAGGGGGAUGCCCCUUGUCCCUCCCCAGGCAGGGACACGCUGGGGUCAGGGCUGGGAAGUGCUUUGGGAUCCUGUGAGGAAUGGGGGCUGGAGCAGGGUGUGGGAAAAGCCGUUUAAUGGGCCGUGUGUCCUCAGACUUCUGUGGGGCAUGCAGACCCUGGCUUUCUUUGUCUGGCCAGCUUAAUUCUAUAAGGUGUAGGCAGUAGGUACUGUAUGGAUAGAAAACGCCUCGGCAGGACAGGUUACAUUAACAAACUGGUGGGAAAUGGUUGUGCUUAGGGAAGGGAUGCUCAGAGAGCCAGUCUGCUUGGGUCAGUCAUGGGGUGCCGAGCCUCUGGGCUGUAUCUGGCUCUCUCUGGAUGCCCUGGAUGUGCAAUCAAAGCGUGAUGAGUGGCAAAACCAGAGCUGGUUCCCUUGGCUUAGCCCCUGCCUGCACCUCUCCUGCGUACCACAACCUUUCUGCUGCUCACCAUCACCUGGGCUGAGCCAGCCCAGCAGAGCUGCAGGGCGUCCUCAUGGGCCACCAGCUGCUGCUCCCCACCGGGACAAUGAUGUAUUUUCCAGACACAUUUAUUUUCCCUGUGUAUGAUAUUUGCUAAUUAAAUUAUCUUUUUCUCCUACCAAGUUUAAUGUCUUCCACUGUGCAUUUUAGAAACACGUACUUGAUAAGCUGGAAAAAACAGCUUUUAAUUAUGUGAUGCACCUAACGGUUGAGGUUUUUGGAACUGCAUGAACAUAGGGAGAAGGAAGAGAGUUUUAUGUGUUAGAGAGCAUCUUUGUAAACUAUCCUUGACCUGUAAGACUGUUCAACUUUACUGGAGUUUGUAUGUAUUUUACUUUUGUAAUUUUUUAAAUGAUUUGAAAGAAUUUUAUUUUAGGGCAAAUUCUACUUUUUGUAUGCGAUAUUGCAAUGUGAUGUAUUUUUGUUUUUGAGAAAAUAAUGUUGAAACUACUAUAUACUCGUCAAUGUAACACAUCCACUGUGUCAUUUCUUUUUAAAACUGGAAUCUGACCAUGAAGUGCACGUUACUUUACAUACUGGUUGUUGCACAUUAAAGGGGUUACUCAGA